UGUACAUACAUCUCAAAGUAGUAGUACUACAACAUCAAUUCAAACCUAUGACAAAAUCUAAAGAGAAUCAUUGCAACAUGGAAAGAUUCCAACCUGAAUAGCUUGCUAAAACUCUAGCCACCGCCAAGUAGGAGGAAGAGGAGGAGCAAGAGAAGAAAAGCUCACAAAGGAGGAGAAAGGGGAGGGCUUAGAUCCAUAAAGAUCCACCUACCUCGUCAAAAAUCACCGUCUUCACGCUUCUCUCCGGUGACAUAGAGAGACAGGGCUUGCCGAAAGCCUCCAUUGUCGCCCUGGCAUGGAGGUCACGGGAACACGGUGGGAGGAAAGGAUGUGGUACAAACUACGAAGGAUGUGGCGGGCAGUUGCUGACUGCUGUGCUCUUCGAGCUAUCUGGGCCACUGUGCCACGUCCCCACUGAACUUCUUCCCCGCCACUACGGCUCUGCCCCGCCCCGCCCCCAGGCCAGGUAGAUGACACCUUAUCUUCUCUUGCGCCGACGCUUCCCGCGCCAAUGGCCUUGAACAACCUCCAAAACCUUCCUCCUUCCAAGAUCGCACUCAACCCCCCGCUCCCGCCACUCCCGACGCGCCCGUCGGUCUUCUUGGCACCGCGCCAGUUCCCGCCCUGCCGCUAUCUCCUCUGCAGCAAGCCACCGCUGCCGCGGGAAGGCGUCCAAUCAUCCAGGUCCCCGCCGCCGGGCACUGCCAACAACAACAACACCCUGUCGCCGCCGUCGUCGAGGCAGGAGGCCGUCGCCCAGGCACGGUCCUGCCUCGCCACGGCGCUGCAGAAGCCGCUCAACAACUCGACCCCGCUCAAGAAGCUCAAGAGGCAGCGGCAGCCGCGGUUCCGCGCCGAGAUCCCCGUGGUCGACGAGUCGCCGGGCUCCCUCGCGCGCCUCGCGUUCGACGUGUUCUCGCGCGGCGCAGGGGCGUCGAGAAAGGGCGCGCCGGCGAGGCUGCUGCUCGUCUGGCCCUCGGCCGAGGCGCUGUCCGUGGCCCUGAGGGAGUUCGAAGACCAGGGGGGCGACUCGGGAACGACGGCGCACGCGCGGCUGGGCUCGGUGGCGCCGGACGCGCUGAGUGCCUGCGACGCCGCGGUGUUCCUGGCGACGGGGCCGGCGCAGGUGGAGCAGGUGAAGGCCGCCGCCGCGGCGCUGGAACCCAAGCCUGUGGUGCUGUUCAACCCGGCGUGGAGCUUCGACGAGGAGGAAGAAGAUGACAAAUUCGGCGCCGGCACGAGGGGAUUCGUGGGCUCCUUCGACGUGGUGUACUCCUUCACGGGGCUGGAGGUGCGGGGUUUGCUGAGCAAGAAGAGGGGCGUGCUGCUCCGGUGCGUCCAGGCCGGGCGGUUCGGCGGCGAGAGCUGGGUGCUCAUGGUGGAGAACGACGACGGCGCGCCGGAGGGGCAGGAGUUCAAGGUCGUGUCGCGGCUUAAGAAGCGGCCGACGAUCGGCGAGGUGGAGACUAUGCUCUACAACCUCAUGGCCGCCAACUCGCCGGUGACCAAGUCGGCCAGGUUUCUCCGGGAGAUGGUCUCCAAUGUGACUGGUGGAAAGUCGAAGGCGCAGUGAUUUACCCUACCUGCAUGAAUGUGAGAUUCGUUGGUCUGGAUUUUGUUGGUGGCGUGUUCUGAAUUUCUUUGUGCCACACGCAAAGGAAGAUGCAGCUACCUGUAAACGGUGGAGCUAAUUUUUAAGGGUUGGUAAUUCAUGGCGCAUUUUUUUUUUGAGAUAGUGGUGAUUCAUGGGUUAUUUGCACAAAAUGUUCAGAAGAAGACAUUUGCAACAAAUCAUGAAGAUGAUGAGUAGUUUGAUCGGCCCGUAGUUUGUUGCAA